UCUCGGGGCGCCGCGCGCGCCCCAGCCGCCCCUCCCCGCCCCGGGACUGGCCACCGGCCCUCCGGCCCUCCGCCCCUCGCCGAGCUGCGCCGGCCGCCCGCGGAGGGGAGGCUGCGGAGUGCGGGCUGGAGACCUCAUGGGUUGCUACUGAAGUAGAAAGGCUUUGACUGCUCAGUGGACUUGCCUGUCAGCUGUGGAGAGGACAGGGCCAUCCUGGGUUCCUGGCCCCUCACGCUCCAGAUAUGAGUGGGAAGAGCCCAAGACUGGCAGUGGAUGACCUCUGCCAGGCUGUCAAGCAGUCAUUCGCCUACUCAUGUUUCACAUUGGGGUCCCAUGGUGGAAAGGAAAAUGAGCAGAGCUGUGGGACUCAGUCCUGGAUUCAGAUCCCAGCCUCACACUAACUAGACACUCCAGAUGGUUAAUGCUUUUCUGCAAUAUCAAAGUGCCCCAUUAGACUGGAAAGGAAUCACCAGCCCCACCCGCCGCCCAAGAGAGUUGGGCAAAGCAACUGAGCAUCUCCCAUACCCAGCCUGGUUCCCAUCCUCUGCUGAAAGAGGGUCUUGGUGCAGUCAUCCUCUUCAGAAGGCAGGCACAUGGGCCUGAGUUUGAAUCCUGUGGAGGCAUUUCACCCCCUUGAGAUGGGGGAAUGAGUCCUGGCACGGUUUUUCUCAACUGCACAACAGAGCUGGAUGAUGGUAUUGUCUGAGUCAGAAGAUGAUACAGCUGCUAUGACUAUCUCCCAGCACCCCAGCCUCCUGCCAUGUCCGACCCCAUUACUCUAAAUGUGGGGGGGAAGCUUUACACAACCUCACUGGCAACUCUGACUAGCUUCCCUGACUCCAUGCUGGGAGCCAUGUUCAGUGGAAAGAUGCCCACUAAGAGGGACAGUCAAGGUAACUGCUUCAUUGACCGUGACGGCAAAGUGUUCCGUUACAUCCUCAACUUCCUGCGGACUUCCCACCUGGACCUGCCCGAGGACUUCCAGGAGAUGGGCCUGCUGCGUCGGGAGGCCGACUUCUACCAGGUGCAGCCCCUGAUUGAGGCCCUGCAGGAGAAGGAGGUGGAGCUGUCCAAGGCCGAGAAGAACGCCAUGCUUAACAUCACACUGAAGCAGCGAGUGCAGACAGUGCACUUCACUGUGCGGGAGGCACCCCAGAUCUAUAGCCUAUCGUCCUCCAGCAUGGAGGUCUUCAAUGCCAACAUCUUCAGCACAUCCUGCCUCUUCCUCAAACUCCUUGGCUCCAAGCUCUUCUACUGCUCCAAUGGCAAUCUUUCCUCCAUCACCAGCCACUUACAGGAUCCCAACCACCUGACCCUGGACUGGGUGGCCAAUGUGGAGGGCUUGCCGGAGGAGGAGUACACCAAGCAGAACCUCAAGAGGCUCUGGGUGGUGCCCGCCAACAAACAGAUCAACAGCUUCCAGGUCUUCGUGGAGGAGGUGCUGAAAAUCGCGCUGAGCGAUGGCUUCUGCAUCGACUCUUCUCAUCCCCAUGCUCUGGAUUUUAUGAACAAUAAGAUUAUUCGAUUGAUACGGUACAGAUAGAAAGACCCCAGCAACAAUGGGGUGGGGGUUCUCAACAAGCUCCAUGUCAGUCAAGGCCUUGGAGUGUCUCGCCAGUGUUAUGAGGCAGGGGACUAUACUAAUGAGUAUUAAUUGCAUAGCAGGGCACUUGAUUCCCCCAUGAUGAAUGCCACCUUUUGGAAUCCACAUGUCCUCUGAACAGAGUCACCUCUUGCCAUUUUGAGCUGGAGAUGGGCAGUUUAUUAUGACAAGGGAAGAGUCAGCUGAUGGGUAUGAGCAGAGUCCACAGGAGUACUUCAUGUCCAGGACAAAGGAGCAGCAGUUUUCUCGUGGGCUCCAUCACUAUACCACUAGCCAGGACAUAAAGGGCCCAGAAGAUCCCAUCAUGCCUGCUUUCCCUUCUCUAGGAUGUGUCCAGGAUCUUGGACUUGUUUGCCCAUUUGGCUGGCUUGAAAUGCAUUGUGGCCCCAGAGCCCUUUGGUGACCCUCACUCAGGGAGGAAGUUGAGCUGUGGCCUGGCCUAUAGGAGUGUUCAGAAGGUGGGGAUGUCCUUCUUGAGGAGGCUGCACUCAGGAUUUAUGGCUUCAGAAAUGGGCUGCUAUCCCUGCCUAGAUGUGAAAACAUUGGGAGCCAGUAUAGUGAAAGACAUUUCAUGAUCCAGCCUAGUGCUUGACUUUUGUAAUCCUUUUCUCAAAAAUUUGAAGUCAUGGAAACAGGUCAGUUUAAACAAACACAUUAUGAACUCUCAGGGUUGGAAAAUAAUCCAGGAGUUGCUUAGUUGUCCACUGUCUCCAGGACACCCAGCAUAUUUGAGGAUGAGCACCUCUCUUUGUGUACCUCCUAGGGAUCACCUAUGCCUGCUUGCAUAACACCGAUGACAGGCAGCUCGCUGUCCACAAGGCACUUCCUGACAGUUGGAUGGUGCUGGCUGUUCAAAAGUUCUGCCAUUGCUAGAUCUUAGUUUCAGACCUUCCGUCUCACUCAGAUGUUUAUCCUUGCUUUCAAAAUAGUCACCUCGAGAGGCCACUUACCUUGAAAACAUUACUCAGAUCCCCUUAGGGAUCUGUCUUUGGAAACAAAGUUGGCUCCCUUCCAUCCCUGUACGUCAGCCCCCUUUUGUUAUGGCUCUGCCUUGUUUGUGACCCCCACUUCUCCAUCCUCCUCACUAGCCAUAGCUCAGCAUGCCCCCUGACCAUUCUCACUUGGGAGCUGAAGAUUCACUGCCAAGGAGAGCCAGAGGAAGGAGACAUGUUCUUGAGUGGACCGUCACACACUUCUCUCAAGGAAGCAGCCUUCCCCUAUCGUCCUGGCUAGUCCUAACUAGCCCAUGAGCCUUCUUGGGGUGCCAUCCAGGGUGAGAAACUACUACUCAGUGGGUGAUGAGCCUCCAAACUGCUCGUUAUGAUUCGUCCCUGGACUGAGUAUGGCUUUGGGAGUCAUUGAGUCUCCUCCAGUAGGGAGGGCUCUCAGACAGCCAGGAAAAGCUGGUGACACAGGCAUCCACAGCAGGUGGGCCAAGGCUUCCCAUGGUUGCAUCCUUUGAGUAGGGAGUUUGAACUGGGUCAUGGGCAAAGCCAGGGCCUUUAGACAACAAAGGCCUUUCCCUCCAUACAGUGGGACCCAGGAGCUUCUAACAGCCGUUCUAGGCCACUAGGCCUGGUACUCUGGAAAGCCCCUCAAAGAGGACCCAGUUUGGACCAGGCAGCUGUGACCACAGCAAAAUAAUUCAAGGAUCACCACUCAUAAAUCACCACUGCCCUUUUUCUGUCCAUAAUGCUUUGCUUUCUCCAUGUUUUCGGUGCUUCCUAAUUCAGGCAACCUGACUUUAGACAAAGUAUGCAACCUGUGAAGCCAUUAACAUGCUAUGUGACUUUAUGCAAGUCCCUUACUUCUCUGAGCCACCUCCAUCUCUUCAUCUGUGAAAUGGGCAUAACUGCAAUUAACCCUACCUACCUCACAGGGCUGUUGUGAGGAUCAAAUGAAAUAAUGUAUGUGAGAAUA